GAGCCGCGGCGCUCUGCCUGAAACAAUCGUACAACCCCCCAACAAGUCAUCGGGCCUGUCAAUCAUCCGGUCGGCGCCCUUUCAUCUCGGGACUCCUCGCCAAGUGCUGGGCUCAAAUGAGCUGUUUGCUGCAGCGGGGAAACAUUAGUCCUCCACCAGCCGAGCAGCCCGGGGACGCCACAUCGCAACUUUUCUUCUUCUGUUCCCUGUGUGUGCUGGGGGUUCUGUGCACUUUGAAGGAGAUUUAACAGAGGACCAAAGCAAAAAAAGUCCCUUUGCUUUCUUUUCUUUAUUUAUACUUUUUUUUUCUCCCCCUCCCUCCCUCCCUCCCUCCCUCUUCUUCUUCUUGUUAUUAUUUUUUUUUUCCUUUUUUGAUACAAAGUGUGUGAGACAUAUCGCGACGGAGGGGGAAGUAGACAUGCCUCAGCUCAGCAGCGGCGGCGGGGACGACCUGGGAGCGAACGAUGAGAUGAUCGCGUUCAAGGACGAGGGCGAGCAGGAGGAGAAGAUCCAGGAGAACGCGUUCACGGAGCGCGACCUGGCCGACCUCAAGUCGUCCCUGGUGAACGAGUCGGAAAUAAAUCAAAGUCCGAGCGCAGCGGCGGUCAGGCGGGGACAGCAGGGCGAGCAGAGGGGCUUCGCGGACAAACACCGGGAGCAUCACGACAGUGUGUCGAAGCAUCAAGAUGGAGGCAUGUACAAGACACCAGCGUAUCCUGGGUAUCCAUUCCUGAUGCUGCCUGACCCCUACCUCCCCAACAGCUCAGUGUCUCCAUCUUCCAACAAAGUGUCCGUGGUGCAGCAGUCUCACGGGAUGCACCCGUUGACGUCCCUCCUGCCCUACAGCAACGACCACUUCAGCCCGAGUCCUCCACACCUGCCCACAGACAUGAGCCAGAAGACAGGCGUUCACAGGCACCAGUCCCAGGACCUCUCAGGCUACUACUCCCUUCCUCCAGGCGGUGUCGGCCAGAUCACUCCCUCCAUGGGCUGGCAGGGCCAGCCGGUCUAUCCUGGCCUGUCCCCCUGUGGAUUCAGGCAACCCUACUCCUCCAACCUCCCCAGCGCCUCCUCCUACUCCAGGUUCCCUCACUCUCUGAUGCUGGGCCCAUCAGGCAUGCAUCCUACAGGGAUCCCCCACCCGGCCAUAGUGCCCCCUACAGGCAAACAGGAGCACGAUCAGUAUGACAGGGGCAUGUAUAUGAAGCAGCACGUGGAGCCAAAGAGGGAGAAGGAGCCCAAGAAGCCAGUCAUCAAGAAACCCCUGAACGCCUUCAUGCUCUACAUGAAGGAGAUGAGGGCAAAGGUCAUUGCAGAGUGCACGUUAAAGGAGAGCGCUGCCAUCAACCAGAUUCUGGGGCGGAGGUGGCAUGCGCUGACCCGGGAGGAACAGGCCAAGUACUACGAGUUGGCCAGAAAGGAGAGACAACUCCACAUGCAGCUCUACCCGACCUGGUCUGCCCGAGACAACUACGAGGCGGGCCUUAGCGGGGUCGCAGGGGAAAAGAGUAAAGCUGAUUGGGGCAAGAAGAAGAGGAGAAAAAGGGAGAAGCAGCAGGACUCCAACACAGACCCGGGCUCUCCUAAGAAAUGCCGGGCUCGCUUCGGCCUCAACCAACAAACGGACUGGUGCGGUCCUUGCAGGAGGAAAAAGAAGUGCAUUCGCUACCUUCAAGGAGGAGGCUGCCCCAGCCCAUCUUCUUCAGAUUUAAGUGCUAUAGACUCUCCCCCCUCCUCGUCCCCCCCACGCCACCCUCUCUACCAGCGCCAGCACCACCAGCACCCCUCCUCCUCCCCGGGCUGCUCCCCGACGCCCGCCUCCCCGUCAACGCGCCUCCCCUUGUCUCCGCCAACGCACACGCGCUCACACUCACACUCACCCCCGGAGCAGCCGGCCGGCAAGCACGGCCAAGUCCGGCAGCCCGCGGCCAAACACACACAUCCGGAACUGAAGCAGACGCACGGCUCGACGGCGGCGCUGUCUGCUGCCAAGGCCGCGGGACUUUCUCUCAAAGUGCUAACAGAGACUUAGUGAUCACUCCGGUCCGCUUACAUCCCUGACCCUCGUCCCCUCAGCUCCCCCCUGCCCCCAAAGAGCUAUCAAGAUCACCUUGAGCUUCAUUUUCACAUUCAUCCCUUACCUUUAGUCAGAGCAAAGAAAAAAACAGAGGCCGACGUUGGCAGGAUGGUGCGUCCUCAUCCCGGAUCUGCCCUGAUGGAUCGUCCCACGGCUCCACAUGCGAGCUCAAAGGCUGGUUUUCUCCACCAACGUCUUAGUUUCUGGGCCAAGUACAUCACAACAGGUCCACAAGGCUUAGUGCUUCUCAAAAGGCCAGUUCUCCAACCAAGCAUUCAGGAAAGACUGGAAAUAACACAAGCCUCUCGUGUUUACCAGAUGUGAGGCUCACAGCAGGAGGUGAACUGUUACCAGCCUGGAAGAGACAUAGAACAAAUUCAAACAGGUGGUUUUUAAUCUUGUGGCUGUUCGGCGUGCACAUACAUUUACCAGUUGUUCAUCACAGUUGAUACUAUACAUUUUUAUUCAUCAUCAAUUUGGUUACACGACAACAAUUGAACUCGACAAAAUGAUUAAUUCGCAAGUUGAACGCCAGCAGCCUUCAGAAGUUGUAUUUGCCCUUGAGAGUGAACUGUGUCAUUCGACUCAGUCGGGACGGUCCGGCCUCUGAAUCCCACCUGCUCCACUUGGACAGAGGCAGAAUUCAUCUGGAAACAAACAAAAACCAAGUGGUUCUCUGGCUCCAUCUGCUGCUGAAGUGAUUCGUUUUACCUUGAGAGCAGAUCUGCCUCUUUUUUUUUUUACAAAAAAACCGGUCCACCCCAUGACACUUGUUUUGGUUGUUAGUUUUACAGCGGCGCCUUUGCUUUGCCCUCAACCACGACCAUCAAAUGUUGCACAAAUGAGCUCUUAAUCCAGUGAACCACAGCUAAUUUGGCCUCGACAUGAGAGGAGACUCAGUGUUUCUCCUCCGCGUCACAUCACCAUCACUUUGACAUGUUACCCAUCAUCCACCACAGUUACUGAGACCAAACCAUUGAAUCUGUGAGAGGAGGAGCAGAGACCAACAACCAGCCAGCCUGACCAGCAGAACCUCACAUUCACUUUUACAGCUGCCAUUUUCUUUCUUUUUUAAGACGUAAAGACUUCAGUUUCAAUUCCAAACAUUUCCUGUGCAGCUCCUUUGACACACACAAAAAAAAUAUUUUAGGCACUUUUAGGCUGUCAAUCCUUACAUUUGUUUUUGUAUACAUAUUUUUUUAAAGGUCAAAUGUUUUGCUGGUGGGGAAACCCUAGAAGAAAGGCAGUUUUCCUUUGAAUAUUUUUGCAGCUCCAUGAACUAAUCUGAGACCAAAUGGGUACUAUUAUAUAUUGCAGUGUUGUAAAGUUUUUUUUAAAUGUUGGAAUUCCCUAUUAUAAUUAAACUUUUAUAUGUUUUUAUGUAAAAAAAAGAAAAAGUGAAAUAACAAAAAAAACAAAAAACAAACUUAGAUUCCACCGUUUCUUAAAGCAAUACAUUUUUGUGUUUGUCCUUAUGUGCAGAGUUUAACUUUUGGUUGUGUUACUGCAGCAGCAUUCAAUCGAUAUCUAACGUCCUCGACCUGUGCAUGUUCCAACGUUAACGAGGAAAAAAGGCUUUAAUGUUAUGUUCUGCUUGCAGCCUCAGACACAGCUCAGUUUUUUUGUACAGCAAAAAUGUUUUCCUGCAGAGCAGAGAGCUCUUGUGCUAGAAAUGGCUCAUUUGGAUUUGAGGAUGCGUGGAUGUCAACGGUGCAAACGCCUCAAACAUGUCCUCUGUAUUUUUUUCAUGCCUCGAACGCCUCUGAUGUAUUACUUGUUUUUUUGUUUGCUGUAUUAAAAGUGUUUUGAAUA